AUGGGCCCACACCAGCCAAAACUUAUAAAAUACCCAAUUAAUAAUAAUAUUGAUAAAGUAAAACAACAAUGUUUUAAUUCGUCAUGGUAUAAUGAAUAUCCAAAAUUAGAGUAUAGUUUAGCAACAGACGCUACGUAUUGUUUUGUUUGUUCUUUAUUUCCUAAAACGGCAGGAAAAAUGUUUUCAAAUACUGCUUGGGUGGACGAAGGUGUUAGAACAUGGCACAAAAUGAAGAGCAGAGGAAAAUCCAAGCUAGGUAAAUUAGAACAACAUUUCACUUCAUUAUCUCAUAAAGCUUCCUUAGGUGAUUAUUGCAGUUUUAUGAAGAACACAAAUCACAUAGAUGUAAUUAUGAAUAGAGCAAAAAGAAAUGAAUUAAUUACAUUGGAACAUGAAAAAGAGUUUAACAGGCAAGUUAUUGUGAUCUUGUUUGACAUUGUUCGAACGUUAGCAAGACAAGGGUUAGCUUUUCGUGGUGAUGGAGAUGAAUCUGGAGGUAAUUUUAAUCAGAUUGUUCAAUUGAUUUCAAGACACAAUCCUUUAAUGAAUAGGUGGAUAAAGGAUAUUUCAAUGCGUUCAUAUAAAGUGUCAUAUCUUGGACCUCGAUCUCAAAAUGAAAUGAUUGAAAUUUUAUGUAAUUAA